AUCGUCGGAGAGAAUAGUCACGUCACGGAUCUGCAGCGAUCGAGAGAUGCUGAGGGGACAGUGAGAAGGAGAAAGGGACGAUCGAGGGAAGAGAGAGAAAAAACAUUAAUAGCCUUCUUUUCUUUACGGAUUAACAACCACAAACCCUGCUGCACAUGGAAAGCAUUUCGGCCAUGGGAUUCCAAUUGAUGCCACGGCCCCUCGUGAAAACAAACGUAGAGGAUUUUUUGUAACCACACCCGGCUCCUUUUGGAUCAAGCAAGGAUUGGAAGAAGGAUCAAGGGCUCAGCAGGGUCCAGAUGCCCGGCCCAGUGUGAGGCGGGCCGUUGCAGCACUCGGAGAGGUCCACCGGAGGGAUGAGCGGUGCCGCGGAACAAGCGGACAUUCUCAGCGUGCUCGUCCUGGUCAAGGAGCGAUGGAAAGUGGUGAAGAAGAUUGGGGGCGGAGGCUUCGGGGAGAUCUACGAAGCGCUGGACCUGCUCACCCGGGUCAGUGUGGCCCUGAAGGUGGAGUCGGCCCAGCAGCCCAAGCAGGUCCUGAAGAUGGAGGUGGCCGUGCUCAAGAAGCUGCAGGGUAAGGACCACGUGUGCCGCUUUGUGGGAUGUGGCCGCAACGACCGCUUCAACUACGUGGUGAUGGAGUUGCAGGGUCGCAACCUGGCGGACCUGCGCAGGAGCAUGAGCCGCGGCACGUUCACGGUCAGCACCACGCUGCGUCUGGGCCGCCAGAUCCUGGACGCGGUGGAGAGCAUCCACUCUGUGGGCUUCCUGCACCGGGACAUCAAACCGUCUAACUUCGCCAUGGGCCGGUUCCCCAGCACCUGUCGCACCUGCUACAUGCUGGACUUCGGCCUGGCCCGCCAGUUCACCAACUCCUGUCAGGAGGUCCGGCCUCCUCGGCCCGUGGCAGGCUUCAGGGGGACUGUCCGCUACGCUUCGGUCAACGCACACAAGAACAAGGAAAUGGGUCGCCAUGACGACCUCUGGUCCCUCUUCUACAUGCUGGUGGAGUUCAUGGUCGGCCAGUUGCCAUGGAGAAAGAUCAAAGACAAGGAGCAUGUGGGGAAGCUGAAGGACACCUAUGACCAUCGUUUGAUGCUGAAGCACCUUCCAGCAGAGUUCAGCGUGUUCCUGGAUCACAUCUCCAGUCUCGACUACUUCACCAAGCCGGACUAUCAGCUGCUGAUGUCGGUGUUCGACAGUAGCAUGAAGACGUACAACGUGGUGGAGAACGACCCGUAUGACUGGGAGAGGACAGGCUCGGACGGCACCCUCACCAUCAGCGCCGCGGCCACCACGCCGCAGCACCACACCCGGCUCACUCCGGCUCACAUGGGCAUGGCCAACGCCUCCCUCAUCCCGGGGGACCUCCUGAGGGAGAACACGGAGGAGGUCCUGCAGGACGAGCAGCUGAGCGACGGGGAGAACAACGUUCCCCCGGAGCGCCUCCCGGGGUCGCCGCUCCACCCUCACCGCGUCCAGGAGACGGAUGUCUGGGAGGAGCUGGACCGCAACCGCAACCGCGUCCGAUCAGCUGUCUGGAAGGCUGGCACCGACGACGAGCACAGCAACAACCAGGGGCCCCAGAGCCCGUUCGCGGGGCCCAGCCUGGGCUCCCCUGUCAAGGGCCACUCGGACGUGGCGGCGGCCUCGGACCGCUUCAAGAAGCUCCGCAACAUUCUGAGCUUUGAGAUGGAGCGCAGGAUGACCCUGGAGUCCAAGCCCAGCCCCGAGCGCUUCAUGGGGGCCUGCUCAGGGAAGCAGUUGGAGGACCGGGAGCCAGGACCAGGGCCCGGGGCGGAGGGGGCCCAGGGCCAGGCUGCCAUUGGUGGAGAGCGACCCGAAAGGGUGUGGCACUACGACGAGGAGUUCCUGUCUGGCGCCGGCUCCCCCAAGCCCCCGUCCCCCGGCUCCCCGGAGCAGGGCGACGGCUUCGUGGCCCUCAACCUCAGCUCCGCCCAGCAGGAGGGCGACUCCCGGGGCUCCUGGGUGCUGGUGGAGCGCCCAGGGGCCUCCCCAGGGGCCAAAGCCACCUCAAGCCCCUCGGAGGAGGAGGAGGAGCUGGAGGUGCUCCAGCCUGAGGACCAGGCCUCCCCGGGGGCAGAGAGGGGCGGCACCAGCCCGGGGUGCACCAGAGGCGGGGGCCCCAGGGUGGACAGGCUGGAGCUGAGCGUGGGAGCCGCGGGACACCUGCCCGCCGUCACCCCCACCAGCCCUGCCGAGGCCCUGGCAGAGGGGGUGCUCACACAGUUUCCCACCUCUCCUCUUUCCCUGCCCGAGGAGUUGUUGGUCCGGACGAGCAGCCCCCUGCUCCUGCGCUCCCCCAGCCCUCACACCCUCCUGACCACCCUGUCGGACCCCCUGCACCAGCGCCACCCCCCGGGGAUGAUGCGGAGCCAGUCGGUGGACCAGCACCAGGCGCACCUCCAUCACCCCCCCACCACCACCACCUCCUCCUCCUGCUGCCGCGUCUCCCUCCCGCCCGCUCCUCUCCCCCGCACGCGCUCGCCCGGACACAGGAAGCUGCCCGCCAUCCCGGCGGGCGCUGCCAACGCCAAGUUCCCCUCUGUCAUACGCAUCACACGGGCCCAGCUGCAGCAGUUGACGGCCCAGAAGCCCUCUGGCCUGUCCUCCCAGUCUGUCUCAGACAGCGCCCCACAGUGCCUCCUGCUGGAGAGGCGUGAGACGGAGGCUCCGCCUCCGGACCCCUCCGCCGACCUCCACUCCCCCGAGGAGCGCGGGCCCGCCCCGGACGCCCCCCCGGUGGAGACGCUUGUGGACGGGGACAGCCACGCCAGAGCCCAAAGCCCCGCGCCAGGCAGGGCGUCCUCCCCUGCGUCCCCCCGCUCGGCCCACAGCCCAGUGCUGGUCAACGGCCUCCUCUCCCCCCCCGGCAGCCCCCCGGCGGCCUGCCCCGCGGUGCCGGACCCUGGGGAGGGUGGACCCAGGGAGCCCCAGAAGCAGCACACGCCGAGGGAGGAGGGGGACGCCGGUGUGGGUGGCGACCCCCAUCCCGGUGGCGGGGCCUCCCCCGCCGCGCCCCGCAGGGACCCCGCCCGCAGGCUGAGCCGCAUCCCCGUCCUGGAGCCCGCCAGCCUCCUGGAGGCGCCGCCCCCCGGCUCCGCCAAGGAGAAGCUGCUCCAGAAGAGGGCCAGCCACCAGGGCUCCUCCCCCGCAGCCUCGCCCUCCCUGUCGCUGGACCGCCGGCCCAUCGCCGCCGCCGCCUCCGCGCUCCCCCGGGACCCCCUGUCCUCCGCCUCCGACCGGUCCCAGGACGAGGACUCUCUCCUGGGCUCCGACCGCCAGGGCGACGAGGGCCCCUCCCUCUCCUCCUCCUCCAGCCCCCUGUCCCGCCGGAGCAGGAUCCCCCGGCCCGUGAACCCCACCCCCACCUCUGAGCAGCUGGCCGCCCAGUUCCUGCCCCGACCCCCCCCGGGCAAACCCCCCAGUCGCCCUGCAGUGGAAGGCAGACGUCGUUACCGGAUCCGAGCCAGCAGCAACAGCGACUCGGACCUCCUGUCCUGCCUGGCCCAGCUGAUGCACGGCGGCUCUGCCCGGAGCUCUCCGCUCCACCACGCUCGCUCCGCGGCCCAGCACGGGGGCUCCCGGCUGGGCAUCUGCAGCCUGACCAACUCCCCCCACCACCACCACCACCACCACCGCAGCUCCAGCGCCUCCCCGCGUAGCUCCUCCUCCCUGCAGCGCUCGGUCAGCUCCUCCCCCUCUCGCCACGAGCCCCGGGGCGGGGGCGGGGGCGGGGGCUGCCUGGGACGGAGCCGCUCCCCGCCCAGCUUCUCGGGCUCCCCGCCUCCCCGCCGCACGUACCCCCACCACCAGGAGACGUGCUGCGGCCGGCAGGCUCGCGCCGGGCCCUUCCACCUCCCCAGGGGCAAGGCCUGCAGCCGCGAGGGGAAGUGCUCCGGCAAGCUGAGCAGAUAGUCGCCCUGCAGCCGCCCCCGGCUGCAGAGGACGGUGGGAGGGCGAGAAUACAAUCAGGACUGUCGUCAGGAGGAGGCUCGUUGCCUCUCCCCCCGUCCCCCCCGGAGUUAAGAGAAUCUCCGUCCCUCCCUCUUUGUCCCCCUUCACUGUCCCCCUCUGCCAUUGUUCACACAUCUUCACCCGUUUGCGUUCACGUCUGUCAUACAAACACCGGGCGAUGUUUUAGAGACGUCCGUUUACCUAAAGGAUAGUUUAUAGGAUUAAAGUAGGGGGAAAAAAACGAAAAAGUCAACUAUAUGUUUAGACUUAGAGUCUGUCAUGCCAUGAAGAGCUGUACCCUCCAGGAUCCUGGUUCCUGUUCUGGUUCUGGUUUCUAAGCCUUUUGUCAGCUGGUCCCAAUCUGCAGUCCACACCUGCAGUACCGGACGUAGUUGCGGCCCCCCUGUCUGAAUUCUCCUAUAUAGGCCUACCGCAGAGGUGACAUGACAAGCACUAAUUCCGAAUUUCUGUCCCUAGUUUGUCCUUGGCACAAUCUUGGGGACUGCAGGGACACAAUGUGUGUCCAAAACGUACAGUCGUAUUUGAUGGUGACAUUGACGAUAUUAAAAGUCUAGCUAGUGGGAGCAGCAAAACGCCCGGUCACAGUUCCCUCUCUUUCGCUUCCUUUCGAUUUCUGACUCGUCAACGUCGGGCACUGUGUACUCAAAACUGACCUAAAGCGAUCAAUGAAUCUGAUCAAUCCAAGUGAUCUUUUAUACAAGCGUGUGAAGUGUGUGCACACGCACACAAACACACACAUUCUGGUGCCUCAUGUGUUGGUCUGGGGAAUCUUCGGAUGGCUGCAUGGAGUAAGUUCAGGUCAUGAUUCCUUCGUUCCGUAUGUGAAUGGUACUGAACUUAAUUCUGCUCUUCAAAUACUAGUAGUUAAUACAAGACUCUGAGUUAGUGUUUGGUAAGUUAGUGUAGAUCAUCAACACAAACGCGUUUCUCAUCGUGCCUUGGCACUCUGGAGAGCUUCUGGCUCUUUCUAGUAUGUUUGUGAGAACCACAAAGGGAGCCAAAAAAGACAGUUGUGCCAGCUUUAAGGACAUUAUUCUUCAUGCGGAUGGAGAAUCGUUUCUUCAAAGAGGAGCUGGAAACCGGAAUGUUAUUGACGUUGUCAUGCAUAGUUUGAGAGAAUUUACUCCCAAAAGGAAGGAGUAGAUUUCUCUGCGAUCGUAUUGAUAAUAAAGGGAAUGUUAAGUAUAAAACUAGAUUUUCUGUCGCUAACAAAGAUUCAGAUGAAACUUUGAAUAUCUGAAUUGUAGUCAACAAAACAUUGUGUGUAUAAUGUCAUAUAUUGUGUUUGCCAUAUGAAGAUCAUGGAUUAUAUUCCAAAACGUUUCAUUCUUCCAAUUGAAUCCAAGCAUUUAUAUUGGUCGUGAUACAGGAGAAGAAAAUGUUCGUUUGUUUGUUGAUGACACAUGUUUGUGCACUAUGAGAACCAACCAAGGUUUGUUUUUCGUCACUGACUUCCAUGUUCACUAAUCACCAACUCCUUCGCCCAAACCUUCCCCAACCUCCCUCCCUACCUCUCUCUCCCCCACCCUCCCUCUCUCCCCCACUCUCCCUCUCUCUCUCCCCCACUCCUCCGCUUGUAAGAUACUGUAAAAAUACCUCCCGCUGUUUCCACUACUACUGUUUGCAUGCGCUUCAGAGAAAAGAGAAAAAAACGUAAACCGUCCAACCAAACAGGCAGCAUACUAGUUCCCCACAUGUAUCCCCUAUCCUGAGACGAACGCUGUUUCAAAGGGAUAUUUCUUUUAAUUUUGUGCUGUUUUGUUUGAAUAUAUACUUUGAUUUCCGCUCUAUCUCCUAAUGAGCCCUGCUCCCACCUGACCCUGACCAGGGCUCCUAUUCAGAACUCUACAUGCUCAUUCCUAAAGAGUACCUGUGCACAUGCACUGUCCUGCGAGGUUUUACACGACUGAUUGGCUUGUAUGAAGUGGCACGUGUAGAUAGUUGAUCAUUUAAGCGGGGGCAAAUGAGUAUUUGCAUAAUGAAACCAGUACCCUGAUGGAUUCUCCACUGGUUUGAAUUGUGCUACAAUAAUGGAUUCUCAGUUGCUCGCUAGAAUAAUAGAUUCUCACUUGCUUUUCUAGAAUCCCAGGUUCUUCUAAUCUACAGGUUAGAAUUAGGGGUUCAUCUACUGGAAUUGUGGGUUCUCCCACUGGUGAGAUUAGUUCCACGCUAUGGAAGGGGCAUCUUGAUUGGCAGUGUUUCUAGGGAUGUGUGGGUACCUCCUGGUGGGAGGGACAGAUACCUGCUUUGGUCCUGAGCAGCUACAACUCAUCCUGAGGCAACGUUCAGCCAGUGAGACGCCUUAAUAUCUCCUCUACUCCCCUGCUGCUAGAGCUAGGGGUGGCUUGACUGCGUCGGCGUUGGACCAUUCCACUGUGUAGCUAGCUAGCCAGUCGGCUGUCCUGGGUGUGUGAAGUAUCAGGGGUCAGUGAUGUGGAUUGGGGUCAGAGGUCAUGGGGUAUGGUUGGGUCUCUGACAGGCGUGUUAUUGCCAGUCAAGCCUGCCAGUACUCAUUAUCCAGGGUCUAGUGGACUACCAGGACUGAGCCUGAUUCUGUGUAUGUGGCUCAGCUCGUUGCAGUGUCAAGUGCUGUUUUCAGCACCGCUGCACGAAGUAUGUUCGACUAGACUCUUGGUCUGUACGAAGUCUGUUUGACUAGACUCUUGGUAGGCGUUAUACCUGUGAGGUGGUUUUGAAAUGAGACAAAAAAAUUCGGCGGCGUUUCAUCCUUGAGCGCAAAGUGAAUGUUAUGCUGGUGCGUCAGCAGUUGCUUGCGAAUUCCCAUGAAUCCUUUCAAUCAGUGUUGAGCUCCUUUUUAAACGCUAUGUUCGGUACAGCAAGGCAACUAACUUCGAAACAACGUUGCUGCAAACUUUUAAUAUAUACAUGUAAAAAAUAUUUAUUUAAAAGAUCACCUUCAUAAGUUAAUAACUUAUUUGCUAACGUGCUUCAAUGAAAUGGAGUGAGGUAACAACAGCAUCGCUGCUGGAAAAAGAUAAUCAGUUGCUUCUUUUUCUUUUAUUUCUCGUUGGCGUUGCACCGAGGUAUAGCAAGUAGUAUUAUGUUUAUGAAGAGAUUAUCAUUUGUCACUUAUUGCGUGGCCUGGUGAUUUUAAAGGUGUCAUACCUUGUCUAUCUGUGGUCCGAUCAUGAUCGAUCACGACCGAAGACUUCCUCUGGUUUCAACAGUGGUGUAGUCUGGUAUGAAGUGACGGGCAUAAUGUCAGUUUACCUAGCCCUCCUCCCCGUGAUGUCCCACACCCGUGUUGUCUUUCAAACUAAUUUAUAGUGGGCUUGCGGGAAAUCCUUGUGGUCAAUUCGGCAUAUGCCUGCGGAUAACGUAGACUACACCUCUCGUUUUAAAGCCUAAUGAACAGAAGGAUCACAUUGUUAAGGGGCCAUAUUUUAAUGUGUGCACUCGUCCAACACCCCCCUUGUGUGUUAUAGCGUUCGAAGAUAGUUACUGAAAAAUUACUUAUCUGCUUAAAAUAUAAUUAUUUAUAUGAGUUAUUGUUAAAAUGACCACCACACACUAUUCGUGCCCUUCACCAGUAUGAACUUUGGACAUUUAUUAAUCGUUCACAUUAUAGUGUUGUGUUGCAAUGUAAUUGUUUUGAAAUGUAAAUGUACAGUCACGAGGAAAGAAUGUAACAAGGGGAGGUUUUGCAUUGUACAUAACUGUAAUUAUUUAUGUUUAUUUUUCAUUUGUACCAUAUCAAUGCCUUGUACAGUGUUUUUUCUGUUCGUUUAAAAUUAUUUUGUAUUUUAUUUUUAUAAACUGGUUAUGAAUAAAAUACUCAUUCAGCAUGC